CGUUUGGUAAAUACGUCAGAGUCUACCGUUGAAAUUUACAAGUUAACAAAAGACUACAAUAUUGAUAUAUUGUAAGAUACUUGCUAAGUAUGUUGAUUUAAAAAAAAAAAAAAACGUUAUUUCAUGAUGAUCAAACACGCUUUUAUAUCGCUGCGUUGUACUCUCACAUACGAGGCUCCGCCCCCAUAAACAAACACACAUUUAGGACCCGGUACAUCACCACGAGCCUGCUUACUAAAUCUUGUUGUAAUAUACGAUUGCAAAUGUAUUGUGAGCAAUUGUUCAUUAUCGAUUUCGAGUUUUAAUUUAAACCUACUUUUAUGACCACUGUUUAGACCGCAGAGAUGAAAUCCAAGAAGAAAAAAAGACAGGAUGAUUUCCAGAAGGUCAAAUUAAAGGUGGGAAAGAAGAAGCCAAAAGCUGACAAUUCCACCAAUACAAACUUCCGCACCAAAGGAAUUAAUCUCUCUGAGCAACUAAGGAAAGACACAAGUGGCCCCACCACACACAGACAACUAAGUAUUAAUGACCUCCUGUCUCAGCUGCAUCAUUACAAUGCCAACAUUAAACAUGGUGCCUUGCUGGGCUUACGAGAGUUGCUGUCUGCUAAUCCAUCACUGUUAGAGCAGAAUCUUUCUCGCCUCCUUUCUGAAGUUGCAGCUGUAUUCACAGACAAAGAUGGCAAUGUUCGCAUGGGAGCCACACGUGUUCUACGGUUCAUUGCACAAUCUGUACCCGCAGAACGAGUGGCACCGUUUUUCCCUCUCCUCAGUGCCCAUAUGUCGUGUGCCAUGACCCACAUCGAGACAAGCAUCCAGGAGGAUGCAAUGAAGAUCCUGGAUGUAUUGUUGGAGCACUAUCCUGCUCUACUCGCAGCACGUCCUGCAGUACUUCUCACAAACUUCCUGGAGCUAAUUUCUCAUAGACAAAACAGUGGAGGAUCCAACAAGGCCCAGGAUGCUAAGGGGCGAACCUGGGCUUUGUCAGUCAGUCUUAACAGGGCUAUUACUAGUCAGCAGUGGCGGCUGUCUGUGCUGCUCAGACUUGGAAGUUUUCUUCGGGCAGUAGUUGAGGAAAGACCAGUGGAGGAAGGCGACAUAUCUGCAGCUGAUGGAGUGUUUGGUUGCAAGGGUGAAGGCAGACUUACACCUUUGCAUCUCACCUGGGAGGAGUUGUCCUAUAACAAGGUUCAAGUUAAAGUCUACGAGAACUCAGGAGCCAAACCAACUCCACAUUCCACCUUCAGACUUAGACCUGAAGUAGAUUCUGGAACUGCAGUCAGUGAGAGUCUGGACUCGGCUGAAGCUGUUCAGCGUUUCGCAGCGACUCUUGUUCCUCUGCUGCUGGAGGUUUGGGUUGAGGCCAGUGCGAGUGAAUCUCCUUGGAACAACACAGGGGAUUCUCACCUCUUAACCCCAGAUGCCAUGUCAGUGAUGUUCCAGGUGCUGUCUUUACUGCAGCUGCUGAGGAAACUGGCACCGCAGCAGGAGCACCAGAAUGCUCUGGAUGGAUGGCUACGAAAAGAAUAUUUAGGAGACUUUAAACAGCACUUCAUGAAAAACUUCCCCUAUGACUCUCAAGACAUCCCCAAACACAAAAAGAAGGUGGAUCUUAAAAGGACUAAACAAAGUGCAGCCAUUCCAGGUCUGACUGUGGAGCCCAUGGCCUUGAACAUCACACUUUGUCAGGUCAUGGUGUCUCUAAGUCAGAGACAAGAAGACAGCAGAGAGACAGAUGGAGACUGGUUAACACCGCUGAGGACUUUUGUCCGAGAUGCUCUGAGCAACGGUGCGAAACUCAGUUACAGGCAACUCCACAUGCUGCUGGGAACUGUGUGGAAAAUGGUGCUGACACAGAGAAGCAAAGUAGUGACAGAAGACCUGUUGGCAGCAGUGUACAUCUACUAUAAGCAGAAGAACCUGACUCUGCAAACCCGAUCCCUGUUGCUGUCUUUCUACAGCAAACUCUACCUGCAGGAACAAGGUCACAUACACAUAGCCAGGAGUAAAGUACUGAGUCGGUGGUUGGCCUCACUGCCGGUGCAGUUGUCCCAGCUGGGCCACCGGAACCCCACCCUCUCUGCUCGGCUCAUCCUGUCCAUCCACGCUGCUGCUUCUCGUGGGAACAAGGAUCUGCUUAACAGUCUGCAGACGAACGCCAGCAAGCUCUAUGAUCCAGACGAAGGAGUUUUCGUGCUGUUACCAGCAGAGUCCCAGCAGCGCAUGGUGCAGCUGCUCUACUUCCUGUCCAAAAUGUCACAGCCUCUGUUAGCCAACCUGAGCUGCUGCUGCACCACAGGACGAAUCUCUGCUGGACUAGCUGCCUCUUUGAUCCGUAUUAUAAAUCUGAGGUCUUCCAUGAGCGGCUGGUCAGUUGGGAGCCAGGAAGCUGCUCUGCAGGACGUGGACUACUUCAGCUUCCUGUUCUCCACCCUGAUGGGAUUCUCAUCCAGCAGGCUGGCCACCAUGCAGGAGGACGGCUGUUCCCUGCCUCGCUCCUCUCUCUCACCACUCAGUCUGUAUCCCACACCGAUGGAACAGUUCACACACCACUGGGAUGUCGUGGAGGAGGUCUGUCGCUGUCUGGAACUUAUGGGCUCAAAGUCUCAGUGUUUUGACAUCUUGCAAAACGGCAUUUGCAAAUAUUUGAUCACGUUGGAAGUCGUCCCUGACAGCAUGGCUGCCGGGCUGCUGCGGGCCAUGUCCAGAUUACUGGACUCGUCCAUGGUUCCCAUCGAGCCUGUACUGUGUUUCCUGUCUUACUGCUGCCUCAGCCUGAUGUCUCAUCUCCUGACCUUCCACCAGGAGUCGCCUGCUGAAACCAACCACAAAAAGGAGGUGAUAUGGGGGGCUUGUGUGGUAGCGCUGAGCAACGUCCCACGCCUCCUGCGGAUGGUCCUGCAGGGGUGUUUGGAUCUGAGUGACGAGGAACUCCCACACCUCGGACAGAUCCUGUUGAUGCUGUUGCAGCACACACCACUCCACAACCAGCUGAUGGCCAACGCUCCCCUCCUGCAGGAGAUCAUCCAACACAUCACGAGUUGCAGCCGUUCUGUGACCAGGGAACAGUGGCUGACAGAUCUGCUCUACUGCUACAGCCUCACAGUGGCUCAAGGCUCGUCUGCUCACAGAGGGAACAUCGGCCUUCAGAAGAUGUACUGACCGGUCCGUCAGACAAGAACACGGCUGUGAAAAGACACAUGUCACAAGUCUCACAGCCUCAGUUGAACAGACUGGUUUCUGCAGAUGUUUGGAUGAUGACUGAAAGACCUCACAACUGGUCAGGUUUGCUAAACCAAGGAAUGGAAGCAACAACCAAUUUCCUGCUCCUCCCACUGCCUCAACAAUCAGACCAAUCAGCCCAGAUUCAGCUAAAAAAACACAGCAACUGUGGUCAGUUCUGUUCCCCUCACACACUAACACACUGUUGUACCAACGACUGUUAACCGCCCCUGAGAAUUGUGGGUAAAAUGCGGUAUAAACUAAUCCUCCAGAGUGACUUCAGUUCAACUCUCACCAUCAACAAAGACAGAGACUUGAGCAGACGCCCUGAGACACACCUCUCUCUGCAGAGUACUGUCAAGAUCCUACCAAGGUGAUAAAAUAAAUAACAGAGAAACAAUGAAUAAAGAAAGGCCAUCUGAAA